UAACGCUCAAGCUUCCUUGUGAUAUUACGUCGGUGAAUUUGGAUUUAUUAUUUAAAAUUAGUGUCCCGUUGUUCCUCUGCCAGUGAGUGUGCGCCAGUGUUCCUUUAGAGAAGAAAACAAUCGGAAGAAAACAUGUUUCGAGAAGCGGCAAAUACGAAUCGAUCGUUAAAAAGUUGCACGUUGUCAGCUUUAAGGUCCAGACUGCCGCAGCUUACCAUCAGGCCCAACAAAGUUGUGAUACAGGCAGCUUCGAUUACUCCAACCAGCAAAACAUCACCCAGAAUCAAUGUUACUGCAGCACCGACUAAAGCAACAACCAGUGCAAUACCUUCACGAUUGUUACCACCAAACAGUUUUAACGCAGCUCCAGCCAAAGCAACAACCAGUACAUUACCUUCACGAUUGUUACCACCAAACAGUUUUAAAGCAGCUCCAGCCAAAGCAACAACCAGUGCAAUACCUUCACGAUUGUUACCACCAAACAGUUUUAACGCAGCUCCAGCCAAAGCAACAACCAGUACAUUACCUUCACGAUUGUUACCACCAAACAGUUUUAAAGCAGCUCCAGCCAAAGCAACAACCAGUGCAAUACCUUCACGAUUGUUACCACCAAACAGUUUUAACGCAGCUCCAGCCAAAGCAACAACCAGUGCAAUACCUUCACGACUGUUACCACCAAACAGUUUUAACGCAGCUCCAGCCAAAGCAACAACCAGUGCAAUACCUUCACGAUUGUUACCACCAAACAGUUUUAACGCAGCUCCAGCCAAAGCAACAACCAGUACAUUACCUUCACGAUUGUUACCACCAAACAGUUUUAAAGCAGCUCCAGCCAAAGCAACAACCAGUGCAAUACCUUCACGAUUGUUACCACCAAACAGUUUUAACGCAGCUCCAGCCAAAGCAACAACCAGUGCAAUACCUUCACGACUGUUACCACCAAACAGUUUUAACGCAGCUCCAGCCAAAGCAACAACCGCACAGUACAAUCCUAUGCUCCUCAAUACAUGUAAAAUAUAUCGACCAACACCCACCGUUAAAAAGCCGGCACCAUCCAUCAUCGAUGCAACUUCUGAGAAAGAAAAACGAAAUGUGUUAAAUUUGAAAACGGGAAAAUUGUACCGACCAAAACUUCUUAUAAAUACAUCUCCUGAGACAGUAUCUGUAGCAUCACGCAGUACACAAACAUCUAUGCUGGAUGCCGCGCAGACAAAUCCAGCUACAAGCUCAGCAUUUGAAAGUCAAACCAGCGAGCAACUAACUGUACUGAAUAAGUCUGUUGCACUGAUCUGGGCUUAGCUGAAUUAUUUGACAGAUCACCGUAACAAAACAACUUAUAGAGCAGGUACGAUGCAGGGGCCGGGGCAUCCAAUAACAACAUCGAUUAUGACACUACCGUUCCUUACAUCGGAAGCAGAGCUAACUGCUUUCAACGAAAACUUAGGUAAUGAUGACUUUUUUGAAAGCGUCCUUCUUCUUAUUAAUGAUAAAGUAUCCGGAAAGCCGUAUGCUAAAAAUCGCAUGCAUGACACAUUCAUGAUGCUGUUCGAUAGAACAUUUUUAGCGACAUGCAGUUGGCGUGGUGGCGGUAAAAACGGCCCUAAAACAAGACUGGACGAUAAAGCCAAUAUUUGGCGAUUAUUAAAAACUGUAGGAGAACAGUUUGAAAUAGUUACAAUUGAAGACGUAGAACGUUUUGCAAAAACUAAAAUUAACAAUGCGUCAAGCUUAAAAAAAUAUAAAGGUUUGGUUAAAAGCUCCACCAAGUGCUCGCACAAACGAGACAAAAAUAAUAAUAAAUAAAAUUAUUAAACGAAUAAAUUACAUUAGUUUUGUUUUCUGUCAAACAACUUAUAUGAAACAUAGCUAUUCGGCCUGGUCGUUCAUCGGUGAUUAGAACAAAACAUUAUUAAAACAAAAGGUUAUUAUGUACGGCGUGGAAUAAUUAAACAAAGGGAGUUGGCCAUCAUCGCAAGCUACCUAAAUUCUUUUCGACAACAUCGACUGUCUGAUGCUUGUGAUAACGAAGAGAAGUUCAUAUGAAAUCCUACUUUAUGCACAUACAUCUUAUUCUAAUCCCACGCGAUUAUAUCAGGGUUUAUAUAUGCUCGCUAUUACUUUUCAAUUUCGUUAAGUUUAUCUUCAUUUAUCCCUAACCACUUUCCAUUCCUGUCAUUGUCUAUCACUGCCUAACGUGUCUUGUUUUAAUUCCCUCAGUUCCUUCUUAUUUGCUUGGUUAAUGCUUUCACC